AUGGAACUUGGCAACCGAACGAAAGCUGAAGCUGUCACUUCGGCCAUUGAGGACGCCGAGCAUGAUGGUUAUACUCGAGAUGACAGGGAUCUCAUGCGGCUGGGCAAGAAGCCUGUGCUGAAACGUAACUUUGGCUUCAUGCAGAUCUUGGGUUUUUCAUGUACUGUGCUGGUGACUUGGGAAGGUAUUCUCCAAGUUUCGACUCCCAGUCUUCUCAAUGGUGGUCCUGCAGGUGUCUUCUGGGGCUAUAUACUUAUAUGGAUUGGUUCGUUAUCCAUCUAUACGGUUCUGUCGGAGUUGUCGUCGAUGGCGCCCACGGCGGGUGGGCAGUACCACUGGGUAGCAAUGCUAGCCCCGCCGUCGUACAGGAGAUUCCUGAGCUACAUCACCGGAUGGGUGACACUCAUUGGCUGGCAGGCCACUACCGCUUCUUCUGCAUACCUUGCCGGAACCAUUCUGCAGAGCACAAUUCUCAUGUGCGACGAAAGCUACUCGCCAAAGCCGUACCAGGCGAUGCUGCUCGGCUGGGCUGUGCUCGCCUUUGCGGUCAUCAUCAACACGGUCGGAAGCAAAACACUCGCACACUUCGAAGGAUUGAUCUUGAUACUCCACAUCCUGGGCUUCUUUGCAAUCCUGAUCCCGCUUGUGUAUCUCGCUCCUCAUAGCAAUGCCUCAAUCUUCACCACAUUCGUCAACACCGGGGGCUGGUCGACGCAGGCGCUUUCGUUCAUGGUCGGGCUUCCAUCAUCCGUGUUCGCCCUGGUUGGUGUUGAUUCAUGUGUGCACAUGGCCGAAGAAGUCAAGAACGCGUCUAAAGUCGUUCCACGAGCUAUCCAGAUCAGCGUCUUGCUGAAUGGCACACUUGGUCUUGCGAUGUUGAUCGCGUAUCUGUUCUGUCUUGGGGACCUGGACGAUGUUCUGGCGUCUUCAGCAACACUCGGAUACCCCUACCUAUACGUGUUCUUGAAAGGUACCGGCUCAGCUGCUGGGGCUGCGACGAUGGCUAUGAUCAUGUGGACCCUCGGCGUCUGCUGUCUGGUGGGCCUCAUGGCUGCGACUUCACGACAGAUGUGGUCUUUCGCGAGAGACAACGCUAUGCCGUUUUCUGCUCAAGUCACCAAGCUCAAUCCUCGAACGCUCAUUCCCGUCAACACGAUCCUCAUCACUGCUGUCAUCAGUGUGCUUCUGUCGUUCAUCGCACUCGGCUCGUUUGUCGCCUUCAGUAACAUCGUCAACCUCAGUAUCGGCGGCCUCUACGCUUCAUACUUCAUCGUCUGCGCCCUGCUUCUGUGGCGACGUCUCAAGGGCAUCAGUCCCUACAACGCGCGAGCUGCGAUGGUAGGACCAGAGUCGCUGCAAUGGGGCCCUUGGAAAGUUCCGGGUGCGUUUGGCGUCGCCAACAACAUCUUCGCCUGCGUCUAUCUGUUCGUACUGUGGUUCUUCUCGUUCUGGCCGGGCUCGGUCAAGGUUGAUGCACAAUCAAUGAACUUCAGCUCAGUCACGUUUGGAGGGACCGUACUAUUCGCCAUCGUCUGGUAUUUUGUAAGAGGCAAGAAAACAUAUGUCGGGCCUAUCGUUGAGGUAGCCUUGUAG